UCAAAGAUUAAAAUUCUUUGCAUUUAGCGACUCUAAUUGUUUCUUCACGAAUGGAAAAAAAUUGGGUCUUGAGCUCAAAACAAAAAGAAUACUUGGGUUAGGAAAAAAACCAGUUUGGAAUAGUCGAUCAGGGGUAGAGAAGGAUCAAAUGGCCCCAGGCGCUGAUGCGAUGCCCUGUCAAGGUAAACUAGGUAAUGGCUUGGGCAAAGAAAAUGGAAAGAAAAGUGACGAGGAAUGUAACGAUUUCGGACAAGCAAAAGUAGCACGACCGCCGUUGAUGCGGCAUUGCAUCAGUCAUGCAACUUUGGCUGAUCCCUUUGCUUUGGAAUGUCCUGUUGUAAAUGGUGUAAAGUCAUUAGGCAAGGAUUCUGGAUUUAUACCUAUGUUUCGUUCCGGAAGCUGCUCUGAGAUGGGUCCGAAGCCAUACAUGGAGGAUGAGUACAUUUGUGUGGAUAAUCUUUCUGACCACCUUGGUACACUUAAUGCUUUCCCCUCUGCUGGAGCAUUUUAUGGGGUAUUUGAUGGUCAUGGGGGUAGAGACGCUGCCUCUUUCACGAGGAAGAACAUUCUUAACUUUAUUACUGAGGAUUUCCAUUUUCCAGGCGGGGUUAAAAGAGCACUAAAGAAUGCUUUUGUGAAAGCCGAUCAUGCACUGGCAGAUGCCAAAAAUCUUGAUCAUUCAUCUGGCACUACUGCCCUCACUGCUCUCAUUUUGGGAAGGACUAUGAUAAUCGCUAAUGCUGGGGAUUCUCGGGCUGUGCUUGGGAAGAGAGGAAGAGCAAUAGAGUUGUCUAAAGAUCACAAGCCCAAUUGUACAUCUGAAAGACUUAGAAUAGAGAAGUUGGGGGGUGUGAUCUAUGACGGCUACCUCAAUGGCCAACUCUCUGUGGCACGGGCUCUCGGGGACUGGCACAUGAAGGGUCCUAAAGGUUCAACAUGCCCCUUAAGCUCAGAACCUGAGCUAGAGGAGAUGGUUCUAACAGAAGAAGACGAGUUCCUAAUAAUUGGAUGUGAUGGGCUGUGGGAUGUGAUGAGUAGCCAAUACGCUGUAACAAUUGUAAGGAAGGAGCUUAUGAUGCAUAAUGAUCCUGACAAGUGUUCGAGAGUGCUUGUCAGGGAAGCUCUCAAGCGCAACACAUGUGACAAUCUAACGGUUCUGGUUGUCUGUUUCUCAUCAGAUCCUCCGCCACGUAUUGAAAUUCCAAAAUCACAUAAGCGGAGGAGCAUAUCAGCUGAAGGGUUAGACCUUUUAAAGGGUGUCUUGAGUAAUGUUUGAAAUAGGAUAGAAUUCUUACAAACUUGGCGAACUCGUUCUGUGGGUCCCAUAAGUUAGGUAUUAAUGGGCCAGAAAUGCAGUUUUUCCAACUUGGUAGGUAGUUUUGUAGAAUUUUCUUGGCCCAACAACGACAAAUAGUGAGAAGAUUAUGUGCACCUGAGCUGAUAUGGUCGAUAUUAGUUUAGCCCUUAAGUAGUUGGGAUUAGAAUUUUUUUAGUUGUUACCACUCUUAGAAUGUGAUUUUAAUAAGAAUUGCAAU